CUUCUGUCUCAGCCUUUCUUCAGGCUCCUGAACCUGCGCAAGCUGGGCCUGAGCGACAAUGAGAUCCAGAGGCUUCCGCCCGAGGUGGCCAACUUCAUGCAGCUGGUGGAGCUGGACAUCUCCCGCAACGACAUUCCAGAAAUUCCUGAAAGCAUCAAAUUCUGCAAAUCCCUGGAAAUCGCAGACUUCAGUGGGAAUCCUCUCUCCAGGCUGCCUGAGGGCUUCACCCAGCUCCGGAGCCUGGGCCACUUGGCCUUGAACGAUGUGUCCCUGCAGAGCCUCCCCACUGACAUUGGGAAUUUGGCAAACCUGGUGACUUUGGAGCUGCGUGAGAACCUGCUAAAGACUCUCCCCACCUCCCUCUCCUUCCUUGUCAAGUUAGAGCAGUUGGAUCUCGGUGGCAAUGACCUGGAAGUGCUGCCGGACACUCUGGGCGCGCUCCCGAACCUGCGUGAGCUGUGGCUGGACCGGAACCAGCUCUCAGCCCUGCCACCGGAGCUGGGCAAUCUGCGCCGCCUGGUCUGUCUGGACGUGUCUGAGAACAAGCUGGAGCAGCUGCCCAACGAGGUCAGCGGGCUGGUGGCACUGACGGACUUGCUGCUGUCACAGAACCUGCUGGAAUGCAUUCCCGAUGGGAUCGGUCAGCUGAAGCAGCUCUCCAUCCUCAAGGUGGACCAGAACCGGCUGACAGACAUGACAGAGUCGAUUGGGGACUGUGAAAACCUGUCUGAGCUCAUCCUGACUGAGAACAUGCUGACGGCCUUGCCCAAGUCCCUGGGCAAGCUGGCCAAGCUGACGAACCUGAACGUGGACCGGAACCGGCUGACGGCGCUGCCGGCAGAGAUCGGAGGCUGUGCCAACCUCAACGUUCUGUCCCUGCGCGACAACCGCCUGGCCCUGCUGCCCCCCGAGCUGGCCAACACCACCGAGCUGCACGUGCUGGACGUGGCUGGCAACAGGCUGCAGAACUUGCCCUUUGCUUUGACAAAUCUUAAUCUGAAAGCCCUGUGGCUGGCAGAAAACCAGUCCCAGCCCAUGCUGAAAUUCCAGACCGAGGAUGAUGAGAAGACAGGAGAAAAGGUUCUCACUUGCUACCUGCUCCCCCAGCAGCCCUCUCCCAGCCUGGAGAACCUGCUGCAGAACAGCGUGGAUGAGAGCUGGACAGACAGCAACUUAAACAGAGUCAGUGUGAUCCAGUUCCUGGAUGAGCCCAAAGGAGACGAGGACGAGGAGUCUGGAGCUGAGAGACGGGGCCUGCAGCGCAGAGCCACCCCUCACCCCAGCGAGCUGAAGGUGAUGAAGAAGGUGAUCGAGGUGCGGCGCAGCGAGGUGAACGCUGCCAAGGCUGAUGCCAACCCCAGCUCUCCCAACUCGGAGGAGAAGAGGCUGAGCGCCACGUCGAACCGCAGCGAGGACUCGCACGUGUCCGCCAGCACGGCCUCCGUGGACUGCAGGGCAGAGGAGAGGGAGCGGGGCUGGCCCAACGGGCAGCUGCCCGACCUGCGGGAGCCGCACAGGGAGGCCAAGCCCCGCGCCGAGCAGGAGCACAGGGACGCUGCUGACCCGGAGGAGGAAGAUGUGGAAGUGGAGUACAACGAGCCCACCGUGCACUUCGCCGAGGACACGCUGAUCCGCAGUGAGGAUGAGGAUGAGGACGAAGAGCGGCCGUUCCCAGUGGAGAAGCAGAGGCUUAUCCGCAAGGACACGCCCCAUUAUAAGAAACACUUCAAGAUCACUAAACUGCCCAAGCCAGAGGCAGUGGUGGCACUUCUGCAGGGGCUGAACAGUGAUGGGGUCCCCAAAGAGGAAGAGGAGUUGGGAGGCUGCAAUAAUAACACAGAGCCCAGGGAUCAGGAGGAAGCGUGGGAUGAGGAUGACAGAAAGAAUGGAGCUCUGUCUGCUCAGCCAUCCGUGAAGGGGGUGUCGUUUGAUCAAGCCAAUAAUCUGCUGAUUGAACCUGCUCGCAUUGAGGAGGAAGAGCUGACGCUGACCAUCGUGCGGCAGACGGGGGGGCUGGGCAUCAGCAUCGCGGGGGGCAAGGGCUCCACGCCCUAUAAGGGGGAUGACGAGGGCAUCUUCAUUUCCCGUGUGUCUGAGGAGGGUCCUGCAGCUCGGGCAGGGGUCCGUGUUGGUGACAAGCUCCUGGAGGUGAACGGCGUGUCGCUGCACUGUGCCGAGCACCACGUGGCCGUGGAGGCGCUGCGGGGCUCGGGCAGCUCGGUGUCCAUGACGGUGCUGCGGGAGCGCAUGGUGGAGCCCGAGAACGCCAUCACCGUCACCCCGCUGCGGCCCGAGGACGACUACAGCCCACGGGAGCGGCGCGGGGGGCUGCGCUUCCCCGAGGGCCCCGAGCCGGCCCCGGCCACCGAGCGCUUCUCCACCUGCCUCAUGCGCAACGAGAAGGGCCUCGGCUUCAGCAUCGCUGGCGGCAAGGGCUCCACGCCUUACCGGGCUGGGGACACGGGCAUCUUCAUCUCGCGGAUCGCAGAGGGUGGGGCAGCCCACCGGGACGGGAUCCUGCGCGUCGGAGACCGAGUCAUCUCGAUCAAUGGGGUAGACAUGACAGAAGCCAGGCAUGAUCAGGCCGUAGCGCUGCUUACCGCGGCCUCCCCCACCAUCGUGCUGCUGGUAGAGAGAGAGGGCGCGGAGCAGCCCGGCGAGGGAGGCUCGCCCCGCGGGCGCAUGCACUCCCCGCCGCCGCCCCCCGGCCCCGGGGACAGCCCGCCCGAGGAGACGCCAGCGCCGCCCCGGAACCACCUCUGCAGAGGGAUGGAGGAUCAGUACCCUGUCGAGGAAAUCCACCUGGUGAAAGCAGGUGGUCCCCUGGGCCUCAGCAUCGUUGGAGGCAGUGACCACUCCAGCCAUCCCUUUGGGAUCCAUGAGCCAGGUGUCUUCAUCUCCAAGGUAGAUUCUCAGGAGAGCUGCUCUGGAAACAAGGAGACUCUUCUGUGUUUCCAGGAAAUAUGCAUUGAAAAGGCUCCAGGAGAGAAGCUGGGCAUCAGCAUCCGGGGUGGAGCCAAGGGCCAUGCUGGCAAUCCGUUUGAUCCCACUGAUGAAGGCAUCUUCAUCUCCAAGGUGAGCUCCUCGGGGGCCGCUGCCCGGGACGGCCGCCUGCAGGUGGGGAUGCGGAUCCUGGAGGUGAACCACCAGAGCCUGCUGGGCAUGACGCACACCGAGGCCGUGCAGGUGCUGCGCGCCGUGGGCGACGCGCUGCUCGUGCUGGUCUGCGACGGCUUCGACCCCAAGGCUGCUGCUGCCAUCGAGAUGUCCCCAGGAAUCAUUGCCAACCCUUUUGCUGCUGGCAUUGGGCGCAAGAACAGCCUGGAGAGCAUCUCCUCCAUCGACCGGGAUUUGAGCCCCGAGGAGUUGGAGAUCCUGCAGAAGGAGAUGGAAAUGGUGAGAGAAGCCACUCAGUGGGAGAGAGAAGAAAUGGAGAAAGUGGAGCGGAUGCGUAGGGAACGGGAGGCAGCCACGCAGCAGCUUGAGGAGGAAGCAGAGAACAUCCCCAGUGAACCCCUGCGCCUGGACUACCGGACCCUGGCCGCGCUGCCCAGCAGUGGCCUGCAGAGAGGCAACCGUGCUCCUGUUGAGUGCUCUAAGCCCAGCUGCAGCAUGGAGGGUGACACUGCCGUGCUGUCCCCGCGGGUGUGGCACGGCCGGGACGCGUCCCCGGAGCCGGCAGCGGGCACGGCCGGGCCCCCUCAGCUCCCCGUGCCUCCCCAGCAGCACACGAGUGGGGCACAGCAGCCCCAGGGAGACCAGCAGGACCCCGAGGGGUGUCCCUUGUCCCAGGAGCAGCUGCCAGAGACGCCAGAGUGCUUGAUCGACUCGCAGCCCAUCCCCUUCAGUGAGAACCCCUUUGUGGUGGCCAACCGCAGGGGCAAGGCCACGGGCACGGCUGGCCUGGGGGGGCCUCCCCUGGGCUAUGGCAGGGAGGGCGUGCUGAAGACCAGCCUGUACUCCAAGGCUCCUGUGGGCGAGUCUGGGACCGGAAAUUCCAGGCGUGAAUCCCCCUAUUCUCCCAGUAAUCCGCAGGUGCCCUCAGCCCCCCGGGCCCCUCACCUGGCCGGCAGGGAGACGCGCUUUGCUUCCAUUAACUUCAUUACAUCGCAGGAUGACAGUAAAUCAACCAAGCCUGGCGUCAUUCAGCCUCUCUCCCGCGUGCGACCGAGCGCUGCUGUGGCACACAGGGCCGAGGAGGGGGACAGCCCCAACCCCUUCCAGCAGCCCCAGCCCUGCUUCAGGACCCACAGCUCUCCAAAGCCGUCGCCGCCGUCGCCACCCUCCCCUGACGAGGUGCCCAUCAACGUCAAGCAGGCCUACAAGACCUUUGCUGCAGUGCCCCUGUCCCAGCCCCUGCUGGGGACACAGGAAUUGUCUGGUCAGAGCAGCACAGAAAACACCAAACUGGCCUCGGAGGUGGCCGCACACAGCCCUGGGGGACAGCACAGCCCUGAGCAGAGGUCCUUCCGUGAGAGGCAGAAGUAUUUUGAGAUUGAGGUGAAGCAGCAGCACCUGGACAAGCCUCCCAAGCGUGUUUCCUUGGUGGGGGAGGAUGACCUGAAGAAAAUGAAAGAGGAGGAAGCCCGCAAGCUGCAGCAGCAACGAGCCCUUCUGCUGGAGGAGGAAGCUGAGGAGGAUGAGGAGGGGAGGCAGGUGCCCGAGGCCGUGCAGUCCAGCGUCAUCAUCGAGGGUGUGGAGUACAAGGUGGAGAGGCUGAAUGGAAGGAGCAGCCAGGCCCCAGCAGCUCGGCCCUUGGAGCUCAGUGAGAACAACAGCUCACAGAGGAAUUCCCUGGAGGAGGGGAUCAAGCCUGAGCACAGAACCAACUCCAUGUCGGGGCUGAGCCCCACGGAUCCCGGCGCUCCCGUGCGCACAGCCAAGGCCGAGCGGCGGCACCAGGAGCGCCUGCGGAUGCAGAGCCCCGAGCUGCUGGCCCAGCAGGACAAGGAGCUGUCCCCAGCUGAACGCCGGGCCCUGGAGGCGGAGAAACGGGCCAUGUGGAGGGCAGCACGAUCCUCAGCUCUUGAAGACAGUGUUAAGCAGUACGAGCAGGACCUGGCCAGGAGGCUGUACCAGUCCCGGCAGCGGGCUGCUGCUCCCGGGGCCAGGCCAGCUCAGAUGGCUAGCCCAGUGCAGAGCCACGCCUCGAGAGUCCCAGGCUCAGGAGGCCAAUCCAGGAUGAAAUCGCUGGAGCAGGAUGCUCUCAAAGCCCAGAUGGUCAUUGCCAAGUCCAAGGAGGGGAAGAAGCGCAGCACGCUGGAGCAGCUGGCAGAGUCCCCCUCGCCCGCGCCCACGCCGUCACCCACGCCGCUGGAAGAUUGCAGCCCCAGGAACGUCACUUCCCCAGGAAGGCUGUCAAUGUCUGAAAAGAAGUUUGACUACCGGGAAUUUGCUGCUAUUCCUUCCUCCAAACCUGUUUACGAAAUCCAGUCCCCUGAUGCAGCUGAUGACCUCAGAUACGUCGAUGACCGGAGUAACUCAGUUCCCCGGGAGCAGGACGGGCAGCCAGAGGAGGAGGACGCACCGGGAGCAGGGGAUCCAUCGGCAGCAGCUCCCUCAGCCCUGGAGGACAUGGCCCUGUACAGCAGCAAGCGCAAGCUCCGGCACAGCCGGCGCAGCCUGGAGACCGCUGUCCCCACAUAGGUGGCCCUGGGCAAUGGACUGGCCUGGCACAGCCUGGGCACUGGACUGGCCUGGCACAGCCCUUCGGGAGCUCCAGGGACAGCAGAGGCUGCCCCUGCCUGCAGACUCUGGAUGGGACUGAGCUCCCCGUGAGCUCUGUGGCCAACUGACUCCUCUGGGGCUGUGAACCGCCCUCGUCUCUCACCCAACAGUGCACUGGGGCACAUCCCAAAACUGGGACAACACUGGACUGACUGCUGGCAGAUGGAGAGGAAGGGUGGCCAGGACAGUGGGCAGCUUUUUAGCCUGUAAAUAUUAUGUGUGGGGAAGAGUAGGACAGGGAGAAUGUAGGAGUGUGAGAGUGUGUUGGGCUCCAGCUGUUACUGCCUCAGCUUGGGUUUUGUAGUGGUUAAAAGGAGCUUCUCCUCUGGUGGGAAUCAGGAGGAAGGUCCAGCCUGCCUUUACUCCUAUUUAGUUUCCAGUCUUUUGCCAAAAAGCAUCUCCUCCCAGCUCCUGCACUGUGUCACCUCACUUCCCUUUGGGAGUGUUUGGGAAUGGGAAGCUUGGAGGCAAAAAGAAGGAAAAAAAGAAAACAAAAACCACCAGAAUUCCAGCAAAGUGCCUCCCUCUGCCACCGGCACUCUGUGCUCAAGGAAAACAGAGCCAGCUCUGCCACCUGCCUCUGUCCUGGUGGGACACUGCUCCUGCUGGGGCUUUGUGCUGUCCUGGGACAGCUCCCUCCCGGAUGGGCACGUCCCCCUGUGUCACCACGGUGGGAGCCACUGCAGAGCACACGAGUGGAGGAGUCUGUCCUGUGGCACUGGGGCCGAACUGGUCAGCUGGGGCAGGAAUGGGACAGGGCCGACAGCCAGAGCAGGGUGCAGGGGUGUGUGACAGCAGUGGGAGCAGCACGGGGGGCAGGACACAGCGGCAGAGGUGGGAGGUGUGACAGCAGGUACCUUAGUGGGUAGAGUUCAGGAACUGGGGAUGGGUAGAAUGUGGAGUUGCUGGGGUCAGGUUGGGAGUUACAGGAUCCUGCACAUGGAGAUGCUGGUGGGGAGUCCACAGUGCCCACGCUGGCUGUAGGGUGGGCAGGGAUGUCACGGGGUGCCUGGUGUGCUGUGGGCUGGCAGGGAGCACCAGGAGCACCACGGAGCAGAAUGGGGCUGGCCUGUGCCUUGCAAUAACCACACAGUUCCACUUUGCCAGCUCAAUGGCUUCAGGCCCCUUCCCCUGGAGGAUGGGGAAAAUGCACGUUUGCCCACACAAGAGGGAAAAAGGAAAAUGAGAAAUGAGUGGGGGUAUGAGCCUUGGUUUCCAGAAGUGGAACAAGGGCUGUGAGCAGGUUCUGAAUCAUGUGAGCUCUGCAGAUGUGGAGGUCACAGCUGCUGCUCCCAACUCUGCCAUCAGCCUCUGCUGCCACUAGUGAGGGGAAACAACCCUUUUCUUUUUCUUUUUCUCACUGCCUCUCACCGUGAGGAAGGUCCGAGCUCGGCGCAGUCCCGUUCCCUUCCAUUGGUGCUCUCUGACUCCCCAGUAAGACCAGGGUUGGACCUUGAGCCUCACAGUGGCUGGGCACUGACAGGCACAUCUGCUUGUACAUUUGCUGAAGGAAAGAGCUGGAUGCAGUUUUUUGGGUGCAGUUUUUUAGUUGAGCCUCUCCUUUCAUGCCAAAAUCCAGCGGAUCAUUUUAACUGACUCUGUAUGUUUUGAUUUUACAGACUUGUGAAGGGGAACUCUGAUAAUCUCACACUGCAGCUGCAGCUGCCUCCAUCAUCAGCAAUUUGAGCUUUUCCUUUUUAAAUCUAAUUUUAGCAUUUGCUUUUUAACAAGAGCAGUUUUGGAAACAAUCCUGGCUGGGUUUUGGUGACUAACUUGUGAUUCUUCUCUCCUUUCCCUGUGCGGUACCUGGUGCCAGGCUCUGGAUUCUCUCCCGUUCUCUCCCAAGAGACUCCGAGGGAAAAUUAGCGCAUCAAGACUGUAACUAGUGAAAUUUGUACAACCAAAGAAAUCUAUUUUGUGGUUCAAGGAUAAUAAAGUUUACUUUACAUUUUA